GUCUUUCGUCCCUUUCAAGAUGUUUAAAGUAGUUGCAUUGGAUCUCUAUGGAGGGACUGAAAGUGCUUUUCUUAAUUUGUGUUCCAAAGACGAACUAAGGUUUUAUGGAUGUGGAACAACACAUGGUGCUUCUAAACUCCAGGUUGCUGAUAUCUGCCGAGACUGUUGUUACAUGUGAAGGGUUUGUCCAGCGUCUCAGUUGUGACUCUGGUGUGAUCCGUGUGCAGUCCGCAACCUUUGGUCGCACAAACAGCAACAUUUGCAGCGUUGGACGACCACAAGGACAGACCUCUAAUACUCGGUGUUCAAUGGGUGUUCCUGAAGUCUCUAAACGGUGUGAUGGACUGAGCGAGUGCGAGUUAAACACUCAAGGACUUGCAGCACAAGAUCCAUGUGAUGGCACCUACAAGUACUACACUACCAACUACAUUUGCAUCCAAGCAGAAACAAGUGUGACUUGUCAUGGUGGAUAUGCUUACUUGAGUUGUGAGAAUGGUAAGAUUCAGAUAAAUACUGCAAACUAUGGACGUACAGAUAAAGUCACCUGCUCUGAAGGACGCCCAUCCAAUGAGCUCCAAAACUCUAACUGCUAUUCUCCCAAUGCACUGGCUCCUGUGUCAAAAAGCUGCAAUGGCUUGGAAAGUUGUGAGUUAUUUGCGACACACACAGUCUUUACUGAUCCUUGCAUUGGCACGUACAAGUACCUUGCAGUCUCCUAUUUUUGCCUCCCGUCUGUGCUCCGUUCAAGUGUGAUCUGUGAACAAGCAAAUAAUACUCUGAUAUGUGAGCAAGGGACUGUCAUUCACAUUCACACUGCUAACUAUGGCCGAACUGAUCGCAGCACGUGUUCUGUCAGACGACCUGCUUCUCAGACUGCCAAAACUGACUGCUACUCCUCAAACUCCCUGGCAAUAGUUACUAAUGGGUGUGAAGGAACCAAUAGCUGUGUCCUAGUAGCCUCCAAUGGCGUCUUCUCAGAUCCAUGUGCUGGCACAUUCAAGUAUCUGUAUGUCUCUUACAGCUGUAACUAAUACAGCAUCUGAACUUGUGGAUUUUUGGCUUCAAAUCAGAUUAUAAAGAUUCGUCCUUGCAAUAAAUGCCUUUGAAGACA